AUUUUCUCCUUUUUAAUACUAUGUCUUCUUCUAUUUCCUUUUUUAUUAUCUUCUCAUUAAUCCUCUUUUCCCCUUUUUCCAAUGGAGUUUUUCAUGAAGAAAUUUCUGAUAUCCUAGCCAUAAAUUUAAGAAGUCAAAAAACAAGCCACCUACAUUUCUACUUCCAUGACAUCUUAAGUGGAAAAAAGCCUUCAGCAAUCAAGAUCAUUUCACCAGGUGGUGGAGGAAUCUAUGAUUUUGGCAACACUUUCAUAUGUGAUGAUGCAUUAACCAUAGGGCCUAAUGCAUCAACUGAGGUUAUAGGAAGGGCUCAAGGGAUUUACUCAAUCGCUUCGCAGGGCGAGCUUGCGUUGCUUAUGGCUAUGAAUUUUGAGUUCACACAAGGCAAGUACAAUGGGAGCAGCAUAAGCAUUCUUGGGAGGAAUCCAUUUAUGAAAGAUGUUAGGGAGAUGCCUAUUGUGGGAGGCACUGGGCUGUUUAGGUUUGCUAGAGGUUAUACAUUGGCCCAUACUUUUUGGUUUGAUGUCAAGACUGGAGAUGCUAUUGUGGAAUACAAUGUGUUUGUUCAACACUAUUGAAGUGUUUCAUCAAGUGUUUGUGGUUGAUUAUUUAGUACUGCUUGUAAAGUACUAGUUUAAUUUCUUUUUUACUUUGUCUAUCCAGUUCAAUUUCAAAUGUAUCUUCCUCAGCAACAUUUGUAGCAUCUUUAAAGCGGUAAGAAACUUAUUUUUAUAAAGUA